AUGAAUGCGCAAGGAUCAGGAAAGCCGGAAUUGCUGAGACGUGUACGACCAAAUUUUGCUGAUGAUGUAUACGGUUCAAAUGUCUCAAAAUUUAACGAUAAUGUGGAGCACGUGGAAAAUAUUACGGAAGAUCGAGCAGACAUUUGCGAAUCAGCACUUGCACAAAGACGUUCUGCACAACUGCCAAAACUCAAAAAAAUUUCAAACAAACCGAGGCCAUUAAGCAAUGAUUACUCGACGCGGUGUGAAAUGAAUGAUUUUGAAUUUGUCUAUUCUGACUGUGAUACACAUGCAGCAGAACUGGCUGAGCUUUAUACCUACAGUGAGUUGGACGAUUGGAUAUUGAACAUGCGUGCUUAUCGAGAUUUCAUAGAAUCUAGGAAGCUUAAUCAUAAGUGGUCAAAGCUUACGGAAAGUCAACAAAAAGAUGUUUUGUUGAGUUUGCUAGAAGAGUUGGAACGAGUCGAGCCAAAUGUACGAUUAAAUGCUGCACGAUCUAUACUUUAUAUAUUGCAGGGUGCAUAUAUGGAUUUUGUCGAUGACAAAGAUAUUACUAUUAAUGGUGUCUUUAGAGAUCAUGGUGAGAAAGAAUGUGACAACAAUGAUUUAAGUAUGGAAUACUACGAGGAAAAGUGUCUAACACAAGGGAUUUUCAAUGCCUAUAAGGCAUAUGAAGCUGGAACUUAUCAGGCUUUAUGUAAACUACUGUUAACUGAAACUCAUGAUAUUUGGGAUAGUGGACCAGUUGGAGUAGGUCAAUAUAGCCAAUCGUCUUCAGUGUCAAAUAGCCGAUCAGCAUCCAAUGCUGAUCUUUCGGAAAGUAUUGUGGAAAGGCGAUGUAAUCGACGAAGUGCUACAAUGGCUGAUAACGAAACACUGCGUGUAACACUGAGUGCCCUAUAUCAUAUGGUAGAGUCAAUACGACGAUUAGAUUUGUUUGAACUUCUUAUUCCCGCAGAUCAGAAAUCUCACUAUGGUUUGCUGAGAAAAGAUUUUAUUAUAGAAAUUGAAGAGGUGAUUGAAGGCGCUGAUAUGUCGUUGAUUAUGAUUUUGCUCGAAAUGAUGCCUGCAUUUUGCCAUGGAAAUAGUCCUCAUUUCCCAAUGAAAAAAGUCCUUUUACUAGUUUGGAAAACACUUUUGGCAAUAUUAGGUGGUUGGAAGGAGUUGCGUGAAGGAAAAGCUGCUAAACGAGCAGCAGCAAAUUUAAGCUCAGUUGAAGACACACUUCUUGUUGCCAGUGCAAUGAAAUCAUCUUCGAUAAAUGGCAAUGAUUCGGAGCAAAAUCAAGGUGGUGUUGUUCGUCCAAAGCGAACACUUCAUCCUUCAGCUCGAUUAAUUUGUCGUCAAUUUGCUAGUACUACUUCUGGUUCACUUGAAGAUAAAAAUGAUGCAGAACUGGAUAAAAUAGAAGCUGAAUAUGCAGAAGUUGAUCAAACUGUAGCAGAUUUAAGUCUCCCUAAUAAAAAUGGAAAUGAUUUAAGCUACGCAAUAAUUGAAGAAUCAUCUCAGAUUCCAACUCCUACCCUGGCAAAAGAAGAAAUACCAUAUAUGAGAAGUAAAUUGAGUCGUCCAAAUCCGUUAAUGCGAAGUUCGCAUACAGAUGAUCAUACACCGGUAGCAGGUACACCUCCACCUAUUGAUAUACUUUUCCGAACUUCGUUACCGUGGAAUUCGAAAGUUCGUGAAGAAGAUAUCGAAGCAUUUCUUCAGUGUGAAAGAAUGAAGUUUUUACAUUAUCGUUUACCGAAUGAUUCAACAACAGUAUUUGGUUUGCCAUUACCAAUUCAAAAAAGUGUCCAAGCACUUCGUCGUCACAUUUAUAUUUCACUGGGUGAAUUACAAGCAAAUCGAGAAAAAGAAUUAAAUCGAUAUAUGUUUUCACAGCGGGAAACUAAUAUUCCAAUGAAUAGUGCAGAAAAAUUAUAUCGGAUGAUGUUGCCUAAUUUGAGUCAGUACAUUAUUGCUUUAUUAAAAGUAUUACUAGCUGCUGCACCUUCUUCAAAGGCAAAAAGUGAAGCAAUCAAUAUAUUGUCGGAUGUGUUGACACCUGAAACGAAUAAGGAGAUGCUUUCAAAUUCGCUCAAUCUUGAUAGUUCACUCUCUAAUAUCCUUGAGCAAAGCGUUCGUAUUGCAAUUGAUGUUAAUCGACACAAAGAGAUAAUGGUUAAAGCUGCUUCUGCAAUUUUAAUAUUACUGAUGAAGCAUUUUCGAUUAAAUCACAUAUAUCAAUUUGAAUAUAUUGGACAGCAUCUUGUUUUCGCUAAUUGUAUUCCAUUAAUCCUGAAAUUUAUGGAUCAAAAUAUGGUUCGAUAUAUACAAUCGAAACAUGAACUACCACCGUACAAUUAUCCAUAUGCUCCACUUUAUUAUGUGCGAAAUCAUGAAGAAUGGCCAAUGUUGAAUGUUAAUAAUCUCGAGGAAAGUGAUUCGCAAUCACCUUCGUACUAUUUAUGGCGUAACGUUUUCUCAGCUAUUAAUCUCUUACGUGUUUUGAACAAACUGACAAAAUGGAAACAUGCGCGUACGAUGAUGCUUGUAGUAUUCAAAUCUGCGCCAAUUUUAAAACGCUCAUUGAGAGUUAAAUUGGCAGUAUUUCAAUUAUAUGUAUUAAAAUUGCUAAAAAUGCAAGCUCGAUAUCUUGGACGACAGUGGAGACGAACAAAUAUGGAAAUUAUGUCGGCAAUUUAUGCAAAAGUUCGACAUAGAUUAAAUGAUGAUUGGGCUUAUGCAAAUGAAACUCGUUCGAAAUCAUGGGAUUUUCAAAAUGAGGAAGCAGCACUGAAAACUGCAGUAGAAAGGUUCAAUUCAAGACGUUAUGCUUCGUUAUAUCCUGCAUUUGCAUUAGAAAUUGGAGAAGCUUCAUCUCCAGGUGAUAGUUAUUUGGAUAAUGUUGAUAUGAACGAAUUUGAACCAAUGGAUAAUAGUUUUCAAUCAUUAUUGGGUACAAAAGUGGAAUUAAGUGAUCGAUUUAAGCGUAAUUAUGCUAGAUGGAUUGAUGAUGAAGUGAUUAAAAAUCAUACAAAUUGGGAUUUGCUUGUAGCACUUACACAUGGCAUCAUUGAUUCUAUAUAA